AUUAUUCUUUAACGUGUGGUAAGAUAUGGAGGUCUUUCAUAUCUAGUAAAAUACUCACCCAUUAAGGCUUAAACCAACUAUAAAUAUGUCCAACAAAGGCAGUAUGUUGGAUAACAACAAAGGGUACAUCUUCAAUGAGCAGUCACGUCCGAUUUUCGAAGAAUGGCGGCAAGACGGUCGCAUGUACAACAACAGCAGCAGCGAGGAAGAUGAUUUAGUCGAUGAAAACUUAGCCCAGUUGAUAGCUCAAAACCAAAAAGUUGCUUCUACUGCAAGAGCACGCCAUUCCGCUGACCACGGCGGCAUGCUAAAUUUUGAUAGAGCUCCGCAGUCCUCGCAACCAACAGGUCAAGAUUUAAAACCUACAGCUUCAUUUUCUAUCGACACCACAAAUUUCAAAAUUAAUGGCGAGACAAACACAGUUGGAAGAAAUAUGCUUCCAUCAGGUGGAACCCUUGGCAGAGGGCUCGACACCAUAGAAGUGGAAACAACACCUUGAACCGACGACUAAUGCCGACUGGUCAAUCCAUGUUAACGUCAUCUAGUAGUACCAUUUCUUCCGUCAGCAAUAAUAUCGAACGAGAUAGGGAAGCAAGAGAUACAAUGUCUAGUCGUAAAAUGGUAGAUGAACCACGGUACUAUGUGAUGGAACCCGAUAUACCGGACAUCCCUCCUCCCGAUCCUGCCCCUCCAGAAGUACCCCCGCGAGCACAUUCACUCUACAGUGCUUCCAGCAAAACCAGCACGUCAAUUAGAAAAAAGUCAGACUAUGUGUUGAAAAUUGACAAGAACGGAGAUCAAACACACGAAGAAUACAUUCCUCAGGGACACCAAGAAUAUUUACGCUCCAGCAGUCCAAAAGAUGGUGGAUAUCCUUCAGGAUCACCUACCUACAAUGGAUCCCAGCAAAGCAACAGACUACAACCGACCUUACAAUCAAAUCAACAACAGAUGACACAGGGUAUGUCGAGCACGAACACAAAUACAGGAUCACGUCUUGGUGGUUCCUCGCCUCUAGUAAUGCCAGUAUUCCCCCUAAGAACGUCACAUUCUGGGCAUGCGCCUCAUUACUCGCCAUACUCACCCUCAAGGUUUCAUAUUGACAAACGGUGUCAGCAUCGAUGUUCUUGGAAAUGUUUUAGUAUUGCCUUAAUAUUGCUCUCCGUGGUACUAACUGCAAUGCUGGCAUACUUCGCUGCAACAAGUUCAAUGAAGCCAAAUAUGGAUUCCACGAAUUGUAUCCUAGUGCAAGAUGUAAAGUCAAACUCCCAGGAUCAAGUUACGGCAAGUUCUACCAGCAAUUUGGGGUCAGUUGCAGGCACAGCAGGUAGUAAUGGUGGCUCUACACUAUUGCCAACUGAGGAAUCCCUUUUGAUGAGCACCGUAGAUCACAACAGCUUUACGACAGCCAACCACUACGGCAACGUGCACAAUAGCUUAUCUCAGUUGAACUACCAGGAUCAACAGCUGCAGCAGCAACAACAAGGUCAAGAUCAGCUAAUAUCGUCUCUAGCUGCACAAAAAUGGCCAGCAAUUGUGGAGCUCAAGGGUUUUAACGAGCUUCAUCACGCUAAUAUACCGCCGUUCCAGUUUUGGAAUGCUGAAUUCCGGAACAAACAUCCGGCAUUUAUCCAGUUCAAUUUUACACUACCAUGGGGUGCCAAUUUUGCUGUGUAUGGAAGAAGAAACGUUGGUCCCAGCAUAACUCAGUACGAUUUUGUAGAGUUCAUUAAAGGUGGUCGAAUAGAUCACCGCUUACGACGGAAACGAAGUUUGGUAAAUGACGAAACCGUGGUACAAAUAGGUGGAGAACAAAAUGAAAAUACCCUGCAAGAAGACUCUAACUUGGUUCGUCAGUCUCCUUUCGAAAUUCAACGUAGUCAUGAAUUCGCAUUCUCGGAUCUGCAUCUCGACGAUGUGGACCAACACAUAAUUUCAAAGAGAUCGUCGGACAAUACCAUGCCAAAGCUCGACAUGGAUUCCAUGACCGUCAAUGUAACCAUUCUGCAGUACUUGGACGUUGGAAGAUGGUUUCUGUCGGUUUACAAUGACGAGCUAUUGCAGCAUAGUGUUACACUUAUUUUCGGAGAAGCAGAAGGUAUCCGUACCACCUGUCCCAACGACUGUUCCGGGAGAGGUUCUUGCUAUCUUGGUAAAUGUGACUGUAUCGAUGGCUAUCAAGGACCAGACUGUUCAAUUAGUGUAUGUCCUGUGCUCUGCUCUUCACACGGCCACUACGGUGGGGGAGUUUGUCACUGCGAAGAAGGGUGGAAGGGUUCAGAGUGUGACAUACCCGUGGCUGAGUGUGAACUUCCUACCUGCUCCAAUCACGGUCGUUGCAUAGAGGGAGACUGCCACUGUGAGCGGGGCUGGAAAGGACUAUUCUGCGAACAACCGGACUGUAUUGAUCCAUCAUGCGCAGGCCACGGUACGUGUGUAUCUGGUCAAUGUUACUGUAAAGCUGGAUGGCAAGGCGAAGACUGUAGCAUCGUCGAUCAGCAGGUAUACCAGUGUCUUCCGACCUGCUCUGAUCAUGGAACGUAUGAUUUGGAAACGGGUUCGUGCGUAUGUGAUCGCCACUGGACUGGUGUAGAUUGUUCUCAAGCCGUAUGCAGCCUAGAAUGUGGUCCAAACGGGAUCUGUGAAUCAGGACGAUGCCGGUGCAAUCUUGGCUGGACUGGUAGCCUAUGUGAUCAACUAACUUGCGAUAGUAGGUGCGCAGAACAUGGGCAGUGUAAAAAUGGGACCUGCGUUUGUUCACAAGGAUGGAACGGCCGACACUGCACCUUGCCGGGCUGCGAGAAUGGCUGUUCUCGUCAUGGUCAAUGCACUCUGGAGGACGGAGAAUAUCGAUGCGUUUGUAUUGAAGGUUGGGCUGGCACCGAUUGCUCAAUUGCGCUGGAGAUGAGCUGCAAGGAUAACACCGAUAACGAUAAUGAUGGAAUGACCGACUGUUCUGACAGUGAAUGUUGUACGCACCCAAUUUGUACUGAACACAUCAUGUGUUUGGCUUCCAACGAUCCAGUCGAGGUGCUCCUUAGGAAGCAGCCCCCGUCAGUUACUGCAUCCUUUUAUCAGCGCGUCAAAUUUUUAAUCGAAGAAAACUCUGUGCAAUCUUACGCUCACAUGGACGAAUACAGCGAAAGUGAGUUCUGGAACUCUUUCACAUCGUGUCGUGUUUCGGUAAUGCGUGGCCAAGUGGUAACACCUCAAGGACUGGGAAUAAUUGGCAUUCGCGUGUCAGUAGAUCGAGACUCACGAUUUGGUUUCACGCUCACUAGGCAAGGUGGAUGGUUUGAUGUUUUGGUCAAUGGAGGAGGGGCAGUAACGUUACAGUUCCAGAGGUCUCCGUUUAGACCCUUAACACGAACCGUUUUCGUUCCAUGGAAUCAGAUCGUAGUACUACCACCUGUGCAAAUGCAGCUGAACGACGAAGAUGACCAAACAAGGUUGGCGAUAAAACCAAUGCUCGCAAAUCCAGCAUACAGCUUCCUAAGCAUUUCACAAUAUCGUUUCCUAGAAGAUAACCCGUCCCCGGUAGCGAUUUGUUUAGAGCAUGACCAUGCCCUAUUGACACCUUUGCUGUGGAAUGGAAUGACAAAUGGUUUUGGCUCCAAGCCAGGAAAGAGUGUAAUUUUUGCUGAAACACAGAUUGUGCAAGAAUCAAUUCAAAUCCCGGGUUCGAACCUACAUUUAACCUACCAAACAUCACAGGCUUCCGGGUACAAAAGUAUCGUGCGUAUGCAACUAACGCACGAUACAAUUCCCGAAACACUAACUCACGUUCACAUUGGAGUCCAAAUUGAGGGAUCAUUGCAUGUGAAAACUUACGAAGCAGACCCGAAUUUGAGCUACAUUUUUGCAUGGAAUAAACGCAACGUGUACAAACAGAAGGUUUACGGUACCGCAGUGGCUCGCAUAUCUAUCGGCUAUAAGCACUCAACUUGCAAAGAUAUAAUUUGGGAAACGCAAACAGCCAAACUGCAAGGUUUCGAUGUGGACAUAUCGGAUAUUGGAGGUUGGGGCCUGGAUAUUCAUCAUCACUAUAAUUUCCACGAGGGAAUUUUGCAAAAAGGUGAUGGAACAACGUUACAUCUAAAAGAAUACCCCCGAGUUGUCAAACAGGUCAUGGGAGACGGCCAGCAAAGGCCUCUGAGUUGUAAGGAUCAUUGCAACGGGUUGUCUAAACACGCUAGACUGUUGACGCCAAUUGCGCUCACUUCAGGACCGGAUGGUAGCUUGUACGUAGGUGACUUUAAUCUUGUGCGAAGAAUUACGACAAAUGGUAGCGUGUUCACAGUGCUUGAAUUGGAAACAACACAGGUAGCUUAUCAAUAUUACCUUACGGUCUCCCCAGCAGACGGCCAUCUGUACAUUUCGGACCCAGAAAAACAUAAAAUUCUAAGAGUCGUGCAACUAGAAAACGUCCCUGAUCCAAGCUCAAACAGCGACGUAGUAGUUGGCAGCGGUCAACGGUGCAUUCCGGGUGACGAAGAAAACUGUGGAGAUGGAGGUCCAGCUAAGCAAGCUAGAUUGUCUCAUCCGAAGGGUAUCGCAAUUGCUGCUGAUAAAACAAUGUACAUCGCAGACGGUACAAACAUCCGGGCCGUGGACCCUAGAGGAAUUAUUCAUACUUUGAUUGGUCACCACGGUCAUCAUAACCAUUGGAGUCCUGCCCCAUGCAAGGGAGCGCUCUUAGCAACCCGAGCACAACUUCAAUGGCCGACGGGACUAUCGUUGAACCCAUUAGAUGGCUCGCUUCACUUUAUUGAUGACCGAUUAGUUCUCAAACUGACGGCAGACAUGAAAAUUAAAGUGGUAGCUGGAGUUCCUCUACAUUGCAACGGUAACGAUGAACACAACAAAACAACCUCAGACGACGUUCUUGGAACGGUGGUGGCAAUGGCAUUUGCUCCAUCGGGUGAUCUUUACAUAGCGGAUACCGACUCACGAAGAGUCAAUUCAAUUAGAGUCGUUGACUCUGCUGGAAAUAUGCGUUCAUUUGCUGGUAAACUGGAGAAUGGAAUGCAAAGCUGCGAUUGCACCAAUGCCAGUAACAGCGGCAGUAAUAGUUUUGGUACAAACGGAAACAGUUACAGUACCAUCACGCCGUCAGCCACAGUCAACCCUGCCAGAUAUAAUGCCAACCCUACCCAACAAAAUCCCUCUGUAAUGAUGAUGAUGAUGACUGGGUGCUUGUGUAACAAUCAAGCCAACACUGUUCCCGGAGGCAACAGUAACAGUAGAAACAGAAAGGAAGACAUUUCUGGUACACAACCGGAAACUAUCUUGUCAUCAAACAUUAAGUUCCAAGCCAUUUCCGCUAUUGCUGUAGCACAAGAUGGAAUCAUCAACAUAGCGGAUCAAGGUUCACUUCGAAUCCUAGCUUUACAACACUAUCUGCCCCAACAUGACAGCAAUGGAGAAUUCCAAAUUCCCUACACGCCAACAAAUGAAGUGUAUGUGUUCAACCGUUACGGACAGCAUGUUGCGACUAAAGAUCUAUCAUCCAGCAAGACACGUUACUCAUUUCUCUACUCUAAAAAUACCAGCUUUGGAAAGCUAUCCACCGUUACUGACAGUUCCGGAAACAAGAUACAAUUUCUACGCGACUACAGCAAUGUGGUGAGCUCGAUAGAAAAUACACAAGAUCAUAAAUCAGAACUAAAGAUCUCAUCUAACGGUAUGCUGACUAAAAUUAUCGAACGAAAAGGAAAAUCUGAACUGCAAUUUGACUAUGAUAGCAACACUGGUCUGCUUCUCAGUCGUACUGGAAAUGGAGAAACGUUUAUCUACCAGUACGAUGAGUAUGGACGAAUGACGAAAGCAAUUUUGCCCAGUGGAGAAGUGGUUCGGAUAACAACCAUUCUCGGGGAGAAAAAUGAUUAUCUGGGAGUGCAGGUGAGUGAGAGCAUUUACUCACACUUUUCCCAAAAACCAGCGACGCCUACCUUGUUUUCAUUGACGGGCGGCAUUAAGAAUGCCAUCAUAGCAAAGGACGAAGAAGUGAUCACCGCAAAGAUCAGUCACAUCAACAACACACUUUCCGUGUUCUGCUCCAACGGUAUCGCAAUAGACUCGUCGGCGGUCUCUGCUCAUCCUUACUUGGAAAAGACAAUGCCAAUCGAAGCCGAAAUGUUACCAAUGUGGUCUCAUCAGACGGUCAAAAUGGGAGAUAAUCUAAUCAACACAAUGUAUUCCAAGUACAGUUACGUGGCAAAUGAAAACAAUCGCGUACCCCAACAACGCUUCAGCCGCGAAAUUUGGGUUAACAACAGCCGUACCAUUCGAAUCGAUUACGAACAAUUGCAAAAUCGGGAAGUGUAUAUGAACAAGUACGAUGAUAUUAUAUUAUCAGUAUUAUUCGACCAAUCCGGUCUUCCAAUUUCCUACUAUCCUGGUGGCGAAACAAGCCGCUUCUUUCCUCUGAAUAUGACUUAUGAUCGAUUCAAUCGAGUUGAAGGCUGGCAGUGGGGACCAGCUGAAUUGAAGUAUAACUACGAUAUGAACGGUUUGCUGUCUGAGAUUACCAGUCAGCAGGAUGGCAUUAUAUCAUACUCUUACAAUGAGCUAAAUUUGCUAUCCGAAAUCUCACUUGGUAGUCAGCGAAAGUUCAAGUUGACUUACGACGCUAACGGAGGGUUACGGCACAUCACCCUACCUAGUGGGACUAAACACUCUUUCAGUAUUCAACCAUCAAUCGGAUUUAUUAGAUUUACGUACACUCCACCAGGCAGUAACAAGCCAUACCUGCAACAUUACUCAUACUCUGGAGCAUUGCUUCAAACAAUUUACCCAGGCGAUGGUGCUAGAAUCAUAUAUCGGUACAACAGUGCGAACUUAGUGUCGGAAAUAAUACACGGAGAUGGGAAAAGUGAAUUCUCGUACGGAACAAGCACCGGUAUGCCAUCUGCUGUUGUGCACACGGAGCGCGAUCUUGAGUACCGAUGGGACUUUGACUACGUCGGAGGUCUGCUGAUGGAAGAACGCAUUGACUUUUCCGCGAAAACGGGGCUCUCGAAUGCAAAGUUCAGUUAUGAAUAUGACGGUAACUUCCGUCUCAUUGCCAUCCAGGGUAGAAUUGGCGGUCAAAACUUGCAGAGUCAAAAUUUCGCAUAUAACGAAAAAACAGGCAGCUUGGAUCAGAUUGGUCAGUUCAAGGUAUCGCAUCCGACUCCAAACCAAACAACUGUAGGCGAUGGAACUGCCACAUUCUCCCGCACUAUUGAUGGACGUUUCCUGGAAACUCUUAUAACUGUUAUGAUUCAUCGAAUGGCGGUUUUCCGUAUGGAGUUUACCCAUGAUAUGCAUGGACGAAUAGCUCAAACACGCACAUACACACGAAAUGUUGGUGUCAACACCUAUACAAACAUCAAGAACUAUACAUGGGACUGUGAUGGCCAACUGGUAGGUGUUGAGGCACAAGAACCAUGGGGCUUCCGAUACGAUGACAAUGGCAAUAUGCUUUCCCUCACAUAUCGUGGCAAUACAAUUCCAAUGGAGUAUAGCAAUACUGAUCGAAUCCUUAAAUUUGGCGAAGGACCAUACAAAUAUGAAGCCCGCGGUUUGGUAGCUCAAAACGCCCGUGAGGAGCGCUUCCACUAUAGCACACAAGGACUGCUGAUAAGAGCUACAAAACGUGGCCGUUUCGACGUCCGCUACUAUUAUGAUCACUUGAACAGAUUAAUCACGCGGAAAGAUAACUUUGGAAAUGUGACCCAAUUUUUCUACAACAACCAGGAACGACAGAACGAAGUGAGUCAAAUUUAUUCUCCACGCGAUGGCAAGCUCAUGUCGCUAACUUACGACGACCGAGGCCAUUUGGUCUACGCACAAGUAUAUCGCCACAAGUACUACAUUGCCACUGAUCAGUGUGGCACGCCAGUUAUGAUGUUCAACCAAUACGGAGAAGGCAUCAGAGAAAUUAUGCGCUCGCCAUACGGACACAUCGUGUACGACUCCAACCCAUAUCUGUACAUGCCAAUUGAUUUCUGUGGUGGCAUUCUUGACCAGGUUACUUCUUUGGUACAUAUGCCAAAUGGAAAAGUUUAUGAUCCUCUGAUAGGCCAAUGGAUGACUCCAAACUGGGAAAAUGUAGAUCAACGAAUCUCAAAUCCUACUCGGUUACAUCUAUACCGUUUCAAUGGCAAUGAUCCGAUCAAUCACCACCACACGAGAGAUCAUCCAAAGGAUCACCUGGCAUGGAUCAAGCUAGUGGGAUACGACAUCAACAGCCUAGUUCCACAGGCUAACGAUCGACUUUACCAGCAAAAGAAUCCUUGGACACGACUGCAUCGUUCGCUUGUGAUGCCUGAAAUUAUGCAACACACGCACGAUCCCGAUCCAAUCACUAUUGAAUCAGGCUUUUUAUCGUAUUUAUCAAGGAGGAAAAUUAAAUCAUUGGCAGACUUAACUACUCCUCCCAAAUCAGCAUUAAAGUCAGAUGCCAUGAGUAUUGGACUCCUCAAAAUUGGUGCUGCGUCGGAACCACCAUUUGGCAAAGGAAUCAUUGUGUCGCGUACUGUUGAAGGUCAAGCGAUUGUGUCCAGUGUACCGGCGGCGAACCCGAUUUACCGUGAUGUCUACACCUCUGUCUUCAAUCGUACCCGUUUGCUGCCCUUUACGUUUGUCGUUCACAAUUCGCUACAAGAUGCAUUCUUCUUCGUGAAGGAAGACUCGUGGCGGGCUAGCGAGGAUCGCCAGCAGCUCAAACGAUUACAAGGACAAGUGAAUACAACAUUCCACGAGGGUUCACGAGAGAAUGGCAGUGGCAAUAACCACCUGGAUGUUAAGCUACACAUUCAGAAUGCGGUUAUUAAUUUGAAAUAUGGCACUACAGCGGAGAAGGAACGGCAACGGUUGAUGCAUCAUGCCAAGCUGCAAGCGGUUCGAAAGGCAUGGCAUCGGGAAAAGGAAUUACUGAGGAAUGGACUCAUAAGCAGUUACGAUUGGACGCAACAGGAGUCAGAUGACAUAAUGAAGAAUGGAUAUGCCAAUCUGUACGAGGGGGAAUACAUUCACGAUAUUGUGCAGUACCCAGAAAUGCUUGAGGAUCCGUUCAACAUUCGAUUUGUGAAAAAGAAAACAAGCCAAUCUAGGAAACGAAAGCGAAGAGACGUGAAAGAUGUUUUACAAACAGAAAUAGUCUCCUCUAUCACAAACUGCUUUGGAGGGAAAUGUUAACGGAAACUUGGCAUGCCAAAUUGUUAAGUAACAAGGCGCACUUCCGUGGGUCUCAUAUUCCCUUGUCGCAGCUAUCUCACUUUAUCCAACCAAUACCAGAACAUGAAAACGGAAGGUGGAGGAACAUAACACACAAAAGGUGAUUCGAGCUUUUGAGACUGUCGUCAUGAAUUAUAGACAAAACAUAUUAGAAUAUAAGAAUACAACAAUAAAUUCAAAACAAGAAUGUGUGAGCAGAUAUAGAUAUUUACCACAGAAAAUAGAAGUCAGAAUGGGUAAAAACAACAAAUAGAGGAAAUAUUUAGAAAUUACGUGAUUCAAUUCAUAUACCUACGCAAAAAACACGAGAAAAACUUUAACACAGAAAUAUUGAUUACCGGAUAGUGCAUGACAAAAAAUAGUAUCAAAAAACUCAAUAAAUUUAUCCUUUUAUGUUAGCUAGCAUUCCUUUUUUAACCAAACUCUGCAUGUUUUAGUGCCGACCGAACCUAUAUAUUUAACAAAGGCGAAUCAUUUUGAGGCAACAUCUUUUAAGAGCUCGUGAAGUAACAAAAAUAGCGUCACAAAUUACUCACACUGAUAAAUUCAGUUUCCACGACUAAAUGCCUUCCUCUAACGUUGGUGGAUGCAUUAACAAAAUAUACCACCAACGGUUAUUAUUUGCCCAUCAAGUUGUUUACCAUAGUUUUUGCCACUUUAUAACAGUUGCCAAAACUAAUGCAAACAAAAACGGCGAGAAUUAGAUUAUAAAAGGAUUUUCCGAGUGACCAAAAUUUACGAGAAAAGAUAUUGCAAACAAACCUACUUUCAUGUGAAAAUAAAAUUAAACAAUAGAAAUAAACUAAAGUGUAUUGAGUAUGUAAAAUAUAGGGAACGAAUGACGAACAUAAUUUGUAAACAUUUAAAAUGGAAAGUGAAGAAACUCAAUGUAAAACUGUAUAUAAUAGUCACUUAAGCGAGGCAUUUAAGGAUUGGAACUAUUGACUGUAUAAUAUUCGAAAUUAGGAUGAAGAAAAAAAGAUAAUCUAGAUGAUUUAUUGUCAUACUGUAAAUGUUUAAUUUAUAAAUCUAGUGAUAUAAGAUUAUCCUAGCAUUACGCAGCGUCAUAGAAAGAUAACAGCAAAAUUGUAUAACUGUAAAUAUUAUUGAUACAAAAAUGGGAAAAAAUUGACGAUUUUUUUGUAUUUCAAUGACGCUAUUUUUACAAGAGGCGUUACCUUUGAGCAUGAAUACUCGGAAAAGCACUGAAAUCAACAAAAAACAAAAACAUUUUAAUGGGCUUCGCAAAGCUUUAAACCAUUUUAGACUCCGAACGCGUUAAAAUUUUCGAGAAAGAUUAAAAAAGUGACUAGAAAAAAAUCCCCAAAAUCAUUCAGUCACGCGAUUCCUGAACUGAUACGAUAUAUGACAUGACAUGACAUGACAUGUCAUGACAUGAUAUGAUAUGAUAUGACAUAUAUGUUUAGAAAAACAAGUGAAUGUAAAAAACGGAUUGCUUAGCAGUUAAUUUCAUAAUUUUAAUUUCAUGUUUUGAUCAAUAUUGUAUCAAGAUUAUAAAAUCAGAAAAACACGGAUCUGACACGUGCAAUGUAUACUUUUUUUCUAGUUAUUCGAUUGUUCACAUGGCAUAUGCCAUGUUUCAUGUUUAUCUAGAAUGUUUUAAAAUCGGUUUUAAAUGCAUACCAACAAGUUUUUUAAACGCUUCUAAACAAAAUUUCACAGCAUAUUUUAUAUUAAGUGGCUAUAAUUUGAAGCUUUUAACAUAAACAUGAGGUUACAUUUUAACACGUGAGACAUACACUUUACGCCGGAUCACAAGAAAGGUGCUAAACGUUUUUGCCAAACAAAUAAAUUUCGGAAAAAAAACUUUUACACAAGAAUAGCACAAUCCCCAUUUUGAAUAGCACAAAAUGUGAUCGAAAAGUCAAGUUCAAAUGGUGAGCCAGCCUAUGUUUUUAAAACAUGUAGAUUUAAAAGUAAACGCAUACAGAAGCAGUGAUUGAUUGAGUCUGAUUAAUUUUAAUUAAUUGUUUGUUUUUGAUUUGUCCUGUGUUCCACGCAUAAAUCUCCAAUGUGAAUAUGAAUGUCGUAUUCACAUUAGAAAAUUAUGGGUAAAAACAUAUUUCUUUUGUUAUCGAUGCCAUCAAUGUUUUUUUUUAUCUAAAAUGUACAUUUUUGUAAUUCUUUCUCCCACCAAACGUCCAUUGUGGCUAGUAUUUGUUGAUAAUAACUAUCCUCUUUUCCAAUCGAUUUAGAAAAAAAGCGCCAUUCAAGAAAAAACAAAAGUCUACCAUGCAAGGUAACGUUUUAUGUAUUAUAUAUUUAGAAUACCGAAACGAAAGUCCAGAUCGUCCGAACAUGUAUUAGAAAAGCUAAUGUAUAGAACUAAAUAACAUUGAACAACACAACAUUUUGAUUUCAACAAUGGAUUGAAUAGACCUAAACGAAUUGACAAAAAAGAAAGAAAUUGCCAUUCAUUAUGAUCCCCCUAUAAUUUUACGAUAAAUAUAGGAACUCUACAAUGCCAUAAUGACACAAUUUGGAAAUAGGUAGCAUUGCACAAAGCUGCGCUUUUUCGAUGCAGUAGUUAUAAAACUACCAACAUCAAGGGAAAUCUUUGAAAUAAUUGAUGAUAAAGAAUAGAGUAUGUUUAAUUACAAUUUAAUUGUUGUAUGUGUAUAUAAAUAUAUAUUUAGUAAUAUACGAAAUAUAGAAAACAAUUUAUAUAAAA